AUGACGCCCACUGUGAAGUAUAAGGUUGCGCAUUCGAAUAAGCUUGGAAGGUAUCUCGUGACAACUAAAAACAUAGCGCCAGGAGAAGUUAUUAUUCGAGAGGAACCGAUCGCGGUUGGUCCGAUGAUAUACAAAAAGGAUUGUUUUUGCUUUGCCUGUAUGCGCAUGUUGCCAAAAAUUGGCGAAGAAAAACACUACAUUUGUUCCAGAUGUAACUUUGCACCGUUGUGCAGCGUAGCAUGUGAGAUACGAACGAAUCAUCACAUAAAUGAAGAAUGCCAAAUAUUUAAGGAUAAUCAAGAUCUAUUGGCGGAAAGCAAAAUUGAUGCGGCAGGAAUUUUACUAGCCUUACGGCUAUGGCUAAUAAAACACAAGAAUCCAGCUGUAUGGGAGAAAAUAGAUCAUAUGGAAGCUCAUUUGGAUAAAAGGAUUGGUACAUCCAUUUGGAACGACAGAGAAGUCAAUGUUGUAAAUGUAAUCCGAAAGAUUCGCAUGCCUAAUGAGAUUGAGCCGCCAAGUACGGAAUUAAUGCAGAAAUUGUGCGGAAUUUUGGAUGUGAAUGCCUUCGAAUUGCGAUCACCUGACUCUCUUGAUGGUCUUGUUCUGCGAGGUUUAUACAUCGAAGCGACCCUGAUGGCUCAUGACUGCAGAGGCAACACUCACAUUACUGUGGAUAACAAUUUUCUGUUGACCGUUUAUGCGAGCGUAGCGAUCAAACAGGACGAAGCUAUUCUUUUCAAUUAUACCUCAUCGCUGCUAGGUACAGCUGAUAGAAAAGAUUAUCUUCGAAAAGGAAAGUAUUUUGAAUGCGAAUGCUCUCUAUGUAUAGACCCGUAUGAAUUGCAGUCACAUAUGAGUAGUGUACUAUGCCCGCGCUGUAAAAAAGGAUUUGUAGGUAUACAAGAUACUUCUAUCAUCGAUCCAUAUGAGCAAAGUCGAUGGCAGUGUCAGGUGUGCAAGAGGACCUAUGGUGGUCAUCUUAUUAGAGCUACAUUGAACAUAUGCAGAACGCUCAUCGACGAAUGCGAGGACACUGAUAUAAAAAAAAUAGACAACUUACUUAAGAGAUUAUCCCGAUCGCUGCAUACAAAUCAUUUCCUAAUGUUGUCUUUAAAACAGAAGUUAUUGACAGCCUGCAGAAAAGAAAUAACAUCUCCUAAUCCUCAAAAAAAGAUUAUACAAAAAAUGUUAGAUACGUGUAAGGAAGUCUGUAAUGUUUUAGAAAUAGUAGAACCUGGCAUAUCACGUUUAAAAGGCAUAAUGUUAUACGAGAUGCAUUUACCUGUAAUAAUAUUGGCAAAUCGAUCUUAUUCCGCGCGUGAAAUCUCUUCAACGCAGUUGGCCUGUCAACUGGAAGAGGCAAGGAAUCUUCUAAAAAAAGCUCUAACUAUGCUUCUUUUGGAACCGCCAACUACGCCAGAAGGAAAAUUGGUAAAGAGAGCGCUGGAAGAAUUACGAACGUUAAAUCAGAAUAUAAGCGACGUUAAAUCUCUACCAUCAGAAGAGUCCAAAGCUCAUGUGCGUACAAUGAGAAAACAUCGUAAAAAAAUCAAAUAAUCACAUCUUAUUCCAUCCCAACAUAUUUUUAAACUGAUAUUGAAGAUAAUUUAUAAUUUUUCUUGUAAAAAAGACAGUAUCAAAACAACAUAUUGCACACACACACACACACACACACACACACACACACACGCGCGCGCGCGCGCGCGCGCGCGCACAUAUAUACA